ACUGGUACUUACAUUGACUGGGGGCUCAAAUCGGAUGAAACCUUUAAAUACGUGAUGAAUUUUGGUCUCUUUUCUGAUUCUCUGUUUUGGUGCAGCAUUACCAAGUUUAGAACAGAAACCCGCCGGGUGUUUAGGAGUUAAGUAUGCCUGCAUUUGGACCCCUGUUUCAUGAAUCUGUUUUUGCUUCACUGGCAUCAUGUACUUCAUGUAAAUCAGGCCAGGACAUUCAUCAAUUAAAGCCACGACAACGAGUCAUCAAGAGGCGGAGUGAUAAAUACGAGUUCUACUGUUGUCACUGCAGUUACGGAGCUGAUAUCUUCAGUGAUGCUAUUUCACAUGUCAUACAUAGCCACAGUCAUUUAAAAAUCAGACUUGGUAAAAAGUCUGAAGACACCACUGGGAAUUCCCGAUCACUGAUUCAUAUCCGCCAAUGGGAUGUCAUACCCCAUCAAGUUCACUCUGAAGGACAUAUCAUUAAACCCAAUGAUGAAACAGAAAAUCUGGAAAUCUGUGAACAAUUUAACAAGUCUGAAAUGACUUAGAUAUUGAUUCUGUUAUGGGAAAUAACCCUUUUAACUGAUUUAAAAAGAAAGAUCCUUUUACAAUUGUUUU